AGCGUUCACUCGGGUGCAUUCAAGUGAAAGCCUGUUAUCUGAGGGACUAACUUUUAGAAUAACACGUAAUCUGGAGAUAAUAUGGGGACAAUACACCUCAGUGUUUUCGUGCUGCUGUGUUUGGGAAUCAGCAGGUUGUCUUCAGAAAUUUUGCAGCGACAAAAAAGAAACUGGAUCAUAGAUUCCUUUACUAUUGAUGAAGGCUAUGAAGGACCUUUCCCAUACUAUCUGGACAAAAUUUCAGUUGAGAAGACCCUCACCCUGUUCAAGAUAAGUGGUCAAGGUGUUGAUAAGGAACCCAAAGACACAUUAGAAAUCAACUCCUCCACAGGGGAGAUAACUGUAAAAAGACCUGUGGACUACGAGCAAUUCAACGAGCUUAAGUUGGUAUUUCAGGCACUUGAUAAAGAAAGUCAUGUAAUAGACACACAGCUGGGCAUUGAGAUACAGAUUAUCGACUCAAAUGACAACCCUCCGAAGUUUGAUCAAGAACUGUAUGAGAUCACCAUAGAAGAGUCAAAAUCACAAGGGACUGGCUUGAUUAUCAUUAAGGCAACAGAUGCUGACAGCGGGAACAAUAAAAUAUUUGAUUUACGAAUAGUCUCAGUCACUCCUAAGCCAGAAGAACUGGAGUUUUACUUAAACCAGAUCAACGGUGAUCAAAUUGGAACCAUUUCAUUUAAAGGGUGUCUGGACCAUGAGAAAACAGAGAAAUACACUAUUAUAGUGGAAGCCAAGGAUCGUGGAGAAAAAAAACAGCUCUCCAGCUCCUGCACUGUCGUAAUCAACAUAGAAGAUGGAAAUAACCACUUUCCUGUGAUCACACGACAAACAGGUCCAGGGAGUGUGAAAGAAGGACAGAAAAAUGUUCUUGUUUCACGUCUGCAUACUACAGACGCAGACACCAAAGGUACAGCAGCCUGGAGAGUGAAAUAUCAGAUCCAAGGAGACACAAACAACUACUUCAGUAUCACUACUGACCCUGAGACAAAUGAUGGAUUGCUGUAUGUGGAGAAGAAACUGGACUAUGAGGGCGGUUCUCAAAGGAAUGUGACGAUCAGUGUACAGAAUGAAAUCCCCUACCAUUCAUGCAAAGUGGUGAGACGCACCACCACUGGUCUUUGGACAGUCACUACCAGUACUGUCAUUAUAACUGGUGCCACCACUGGUGUUGGUAUUGGGGCAGGGCUGCCAGGUUCAUCCACCUACCAAGUGACAGUGACUGUGGAGGAUGUCAAUGAGCCUCCAAUCUUCGAUGAACCAAACAAAAGGAUUCAGUUGCUUGAGAAUGUUGAUGUGGGACGUUAUCUGGUGACAUUUACAGCCAGAGACCCUGAUGUCACCAGUGCAAACACGUUUGUAUACAAAAAAGGAGAGGAUCCAGCUGACUGGGUUACAGUGGACCCCAACACUGGAAAAAUAACCACAUCAAAUAUCAUAGACAGAGAGUCAGUUUUUGUGAAAGACAGUAUCUAUGUGGUUACAAUUUAUGCUGUUGACAAUGGUGUACCCCCAAUGACAAGUACUGCGACCCUCACCAUACAUGUUACAGAUUCCAAUGACAAUGCUCCAUUCCUGAAUUCAACCAUAAUUGACAUAUGCCAAUCUGCCAGUGAUGUACCCUCUAAGGCCAACAUCACAGCUGUGGACCUGGAUGAAGUACCCUACGGUGGACCUUUCACCUUCAAGCUCCAAGGAAAUGUUGAGGGCAAGUGGAAGGUUGACCCUGUGCAAGGGUAUUCAGUCAACCUGGUGAAAGAUGGCACAGUUUAUUCUGGACACUAUGAGCUGUUGCUUGAAGUGUCUGACCUUCAGGGCAUCGCUGCUGUCCACAACCUGUCAGUCACUGUGUGCAACUGCUUAGACGCAGCGAUGCCAAACUGCCGCUUAAACAAAUCUACGGGCUCCAAAGCAGGAGGAAGUCUUUUGAUCCCUUUUUUCAUCUUACUAGCGAUUGCAGCAGGUAUGCUACUUUUGAUUUCUCUGGUGUCAUGCGAAAAACAGCAAAUAAAAAUCCCAGAUGAUGAUGCACAACAACAUAUGAUUGGCUUUAACAUCGAGAGACCAGGAACUGACUGCAAAGUGGCUUUUGACCCGUCAAACCAAGGAAACAGUAAGACUGGACAACGAAUAAAAAAAAAACAAGGAGCAUCAAACACAAAAUUCACGAGUCCACCAACUGCGAAUGCGUCUGUUGGCUAUGUCAGUUCAGGGUACGGCAUGUCUCAAACUGAUGUGCUACAGCAGAGGAACAAUCUGCAUUGGUUAAUAGCCGACUCACUAAGUGAAGAAACUCAAGCCCGUGUACAUUACUCCCAGUCCCAAAGAAAAAGCACAGAACAUACUUCUUCAUUGAAGAAAUCUAUGCAUUGGGGCGCGUCAUCGGCCACGAGAGUGAGAAAUCUGCAUGGAGGGUCUAAGCAUGCGAGUUGGGCAGAACACAGUAAAUACUCAGGUCUGGAGAAUAAUGUAAUCCAACGUGAAUUUCAGCUACAAGUACUAAAAAAGAUGCUGUACACUCUCCAGGCACCAGGAAAGGAGCUGGGUGAUUAUGCUCCUCAUGUGUAUGCUGAAGAGGGAGAGGCAGAAAACAGCUUUGAGCUUGAUGCCAUCUCCAUCUCUGAUAUUUCCUUUGAUCCAGACUUGGACUGGGACAUGGAUUUCAAGUUCAGAACUCUGGCCUCAAUCUGCACGCCUGGUGAUAGCACUGCCUACAGUACAAAAACCUCCUGUGUAUUCGAAAAACUUCAGACAGCAACUCUGAUCCAAGUUGAAAGCCAUAAAACUAAAAUGAACACUCAAUUACAUUUGUAAAUUAUAGAUAAUUGUAGGUAAUCAUUUGGUAUAAGGAGUGUUUAGCUUUCUGUUUCUGGUGGCUCACAUCAAGCUAUGUAUGCUACCUUCAGCUACACCUUCAUUUUUCUAUUUUUAUGAAUGACGGUGUCUGAGAAAAUAUGAAAAUUUGAUAAUACUGAUAAUAUGACAGAUAAUUCUGUCAUAUACACAAGAGAAAGAUAGCCAUUGGAAUUUUUGGAUUAAACUGGAAAAAAAUAUAUGCCUCUCUUUUGCAAUAUCUGAGGAUAAACUAAAUGUACAGAUUUUCAUCCAUGGCUUUGUGAUGACCACUGCAAGUCAGGUGAUGUUAAGUCAAGUUAUGACAGCGUCCUAUGGAUGAAGUUAUUAUGCUGAUUUACCAUUAUAAGAAAAAGAACUAUAUUCUCUGGAGCUCACAAAGAGUUAAGAACGUUUACAGCUAAAUAUGAAUGUUAAUCAAAAAUGCACUGGUUUUACCUGUAAUAAAUAACAAUAAGCACACAGGAGUAAGAGAAAGGAGACUACACAUCUCAUAAUGCAGCCUAAUGGGGAAAAAUAGCAACCUACCACAUUUAUCUUUAGAUAUAUUUGGUUUAUCUAGCCUUUGAAUCUUGACUAAUCCGCAUAUCCACUUAAUACUUCAUCAACUCUUU